CCCGGUCCUCCCUACCUCGGGCGUGCGAGGGCUACGCGCAUGCGCAGCGCGCAGCUGUCAUCAGCGCACGGAAGAAGUCGUCCCGGGGAGAACGAGGGGUGGAAGCUCGGGAGUGUUCCUUCAGUCUGGGCAGCAGGGGCGAGAACGCAUAUCUGGCGCGCAGCGCAGUCGGCUGCCUCUCUUCGCUGCAGCCGCCUAAUCCUUUUCUCUCGGACAGCUGGAUUGAAAACGAACCACAAUGGCGACGGUCACAUCUGAUAGUCCUCCAAAUCCAAGUUGCAAAAUCAUGACUUUUAGGCCUUCAAUGGAUGAAUUCAGAGAGUUCAACAAAUACUUAGCGUACAUGGAAUCGCAAGGUGCUCAUAGGGCUGGAGUUGCAAAGGUUAUCCCACCAAAGGAAUGGAAGCCAAGAAAACAUUAUGAUGAUAUUGAAGAUCUGGUGAUUCCUGCUCCAAUUCAGCAGAUGGUCACUGGCCAGUCAGGGCUCUUCACACAAUAUAACAUUCAGAAAAAGCCAAUGACAGUGAAGGAAUUCAAGCAGCUGGCCAACAGUGACAAAUACUGCACCCCAAGAUACAUAGAUUAUGAAGAUCUGGAGCGUAAAUACUGGAAGAACUUGACUUUUGUGGCACCAAUUUAUGGAGCAGAUAUCAAUGGGAGCAUUUAUGAUAAAGGUAUUGAGGAAUGGAAUAUUGCUCAUCUUAAUACAAUAUUGGAUGUUGUAGGAGAAGACUGUGGAAUUUCUAUUGAGGGUGUGAAUACCCCAUACCUGUAUUUUGGCAUGUGGAAAACAACAUUUGCAUGGCACACUGAAGAUAUGGAUCUCUACAGCAUUAAUUAUCUCCAUUUUGGGGAGCCGAAGUCAUGGUAUGCAAUUCCUCCAGAGCAUGGGAAACGGCUUGAACGACUGGCUCAAGGAUUCUUCCCAAGCAGCUCUCAUGGAUGUAAUGCGUUUCUUCGCCACAAGAUGACUCUGAUUUCUCCCUCAAUACUGAAAAAGUACGGAAUUCCUUUUGACAAGGUUACACAAGAGGCAGGGGAAUUUAUGAUCACUUUCCCAUAUGGAUACCAUGCAGGAUUUAACCAUGGCUUCAACUGUGCAGAGUCAACAAACUUUGCAACCAUCAGAUGGAUUGAUUAUGGAAAAGCAGCGAAGUUGUGCACCUGCAGGAAAGACAUGGUCACAAUUUCCAUGGACGUUUUUGUGAGAAAGUUUCAGCCAGACAGAUACCAGCUGUGGAAACAAGGCAAAGAUUUAUAUACCAUUGAUCAUACAAAGCCGACUCCUGAAUCAACACCUGAAGUAAAGAUGUGGCUACAGAGAAGAAAGAAAAUAAGGAAACUUUCUGACAGCAGCUUCCAGCACAACAGAUCUCGAUCUAAAAAGCUUAAAACUCCAGGGGACAAGAGACAAUCUGCUAUGGCAACUGGUGCAGAAAUCAAAGAGACUGAAGCAACUACUGAUGGCUUCAAGGUCAAUGAAAAACCAGAUGAAAAAGUGAGUCCGCUAAAUACAGAAGUGCCUUCUGGAGAAGAAGAAAGCAGUAGCAGAAUGCAGCUGGAUCAACAUUUAUUGGAUAAUGUCAAGGUUGCAGGAAGCAUCCUUUCAGACUUAUUUUCCUGUCCUGUUCCUUUACGAAUGGAACCAAAAGCUGGUGAGGACAAGGAGGAUUCCAGUGACUCUCUCGUUGCAUUUGAAGAUUCAGGGGCCUGUGUGCCCACUUCAAAUAGCUGUAAGAAAGAAGAGAGUUUGAAAACUCAGUAUAAGUCUAAAUCAUCCAUACCAUACCUGAAGUGCCAGGAGCAUAAUUCUGAGGCAGAAAGCCCAGCUAAAAAGGAGAAUGUUUCUACAGAGGAUGAUGUCAGUGACUUAGAAAGUGGAAGUAGCUUGAGUCGUGGUGAACUGCCAGUUGCAAAAAGGAAUGAAGAUGAUGACAUGGAAACAUCCAAUUCAUCAGAAGCUGAAGGAAAGAAAGUAUCUAAGAGCUGGCGUCAUCCACUAAAUAAACCCCCAGCUAGAUCUCCAAUGACUUUGGUUAAACAGCAAGCAACUAGUGAUGAAGAGCUGCCUGAAACUGCAUUUACUGAAGAGGAAGUUCAAGAGACAGAGACAUGGGCUAGGCCUCUUGUCCACCUUUGGCAGACAAGAACACCUAAUUUCAAUGCUGAAAAAGAAUACAAUGCAUGUUGUGCAAAAAAGGAGCCCUACUGUGCAAUUUGCACUCUUCUCAUGCCAUACUACAAGCCAGAAAAUCUUGAUGAAGAAAAUUCUACUUACAAGGAAGCAAACUUAGAAGAAAAACUAGUCAUUGAAAAUGAGAAGUCUAGACCUCUUAUUCCAGAGAUGUGUUUUAUUUAUAGCGAAGAAAACACUGAAAACUCUCCAUCAAAUGCCUUAAUUGAUGAGGAUGGAACAAGUCUUCUUAUUUCCUGUGCGAAGUGUUGUGUACGAGUACAUGCAAGUUGCUAUGGUGUUCCUUCUCAUGAAAUCCAUAAUGAAUGGUUGUGUUCUCGAUGCAGAACAGAAGCAUGGACAGCUGAAUGUUGUCUCUGCAAUUUGAGAGGUGGUGCAUUAAAACAAACUACUGACAAGAAGUGGGCUCAUGUAAUGUGUGCAAUUGCCGUUCCAGAAGUCAGAUUUGGUAAUGUCACAGAACGUACACCGAUAGACACUAGCAGAAUACCUUUACAAAGAUUAAAAUUGAAAUGUAUUUUCUGCAGACAGAGAGUUAAGAAAACCUCUGGUGCCUGCAUUCAAUGUUCAUACGGACGUUGUCCAGCCUCCUUCCAUGUGACCUGUGCCCAUGCUGCAGGAGUGCUGAUGGAGCCUGAUGACUGGCCAUAUGUUGUCUACAUCACUUGUUUCAGGCAUAAGAUCAACCAAAAUGUGAGAACUAAAGCAUGUGAGAAGACCAUUACAGUUGGGCAGACAGUCAUCGCAAAACAUCGGAAUACAAGAUAUUACAGCUGCAGAGUCAUUGGAGUGACAUCACAGCUUUUCUAUGAAGUCAUGUUUGAUGAUGGCUCUUUUAGUCGGGAUACUUUUCCUGAAGACAUCGUGAGCAGAGAUUGCCUAAAGCUGGGCCCACCUGCAGAGGGAGAGGUUGUUCAAGUGAAGUGGCCUGAUGGAAAGCUGUAUGGUGCAAAGUAUCUGGGACCAAACACAGCUCACAUGUAUCAGGUUGAGUUUGAGGAUGGUUCUCAAAUAUUAAUGAAGAGAGAAGAGAUCUAUACUCUAGAUGAAGAGCUUCCUAAAAGAGUGAAAGCCCGUUUUUCUACAGCGUCUGACAUGAGAUUUGAAGACACGUUUUAUGGAGCGGAUAUUAUCCUGGGAGAAAAGAAGAGACAGAGAGUACUGAGUUCCCGUUUUAAGAAUGAGUAUGUGGAUGAUCCAGGAUACCGCACCUUCUUAAAAAGCUCGUUCCAGAAGAAGUGCCAGAAGGGGCAAUAAAGGAAGUAAUGAAGAGACGAAGGCAGACAGAAAGACACACACACACACGGUUUUAGACUGGUUAUAGCUGACUAAGAAGUCAAGCAGCAUUAGUUGCAAUUGGUUUUGAGUUAAUUAAGCACUUGGUUUUACAGUGAGGCAGUUUAUACGUAAGCCUCGUCAGAUAAAGUACUUGAGUUAUUACUUCUUCAGUUAAGUAAUAAAGAUUUUGUAAUACUUUUCAUUUUGAAACUAGGAGGGAAAACCAAGUGAGAGUAAAACGGAUUACACAGCGAUAGACUGAAGAAAAUUUUUGUUUGAAGUUAGUGGAAAAAUUCUCUUUGAGUAAUAGAAGAUUCACAGUCAGAAGAGGAGACACUUUAAUAAACAGAGACAAUUGCACUAGCUCAUUUUUUUCUGCCAAUAGGGAAGGAUGUUAGGUUUAAUAAUAGCAGUUUUUGUAAAACAUUUUUAAGCAAAUACAAAUAUGUACGGGAUUAAGACAAACAAAAUCAGUUUUGAUUCGUACAGUGCUCUUCCUUUUUAUGUCACUACUGCUCUCAGUAGGGUUUGAUGUGGACUCAACUGUUGACUUAAAUAUUUUUGGCUUUUCAGAAAGGUAUCUUCAGCACAGUAAUGAUUUUUUGUACAUUUAAAGAGGCAGAUUUCUGCAAUUAUUUUUGAACACGUUUUUCAUAAGAUCUAUAAAAAUAGCUAUUUGUAAAAUAUAAUUUUCUUUCAUUUUCUGUAUUGAAAAUUAGAGUUUAAAAAUAUAUGCUUAACAGGCUAGUUUUGAAUGAAUACAAAUGGUCUUCCUUUUAAA